CGUCGGACAAGAACAUAUAUUUUGACCUGAAAUGGCAGAUGCCUGUGAAAGACCGGAUAUAGAAUAUCGUUAGAUGGCAAGCACGAUACAUCAUCAUCACUAGCCCUUGCCACCGACUCCAACAACCAUGUGUUGCGUUUAGGAAAUUGUGCUGAUAACUUCAUUGGAAAAUUAACAGGGCAUCUGCGAUCUGUUGUAGUCUAUGAUUAUAGACUGUCAAACAACGGGAUUCAUUAUCUGUACAGGAACAGUUUUAACCAGCGAGAACUUAUUUGGAAUUCACAGACAGAAUUCAACAAUGGUGUGUAUUACUCGGUUUCCACUGCACAGUGGAAGACCGUAGGAACAUGGUGGAAAUUAUUUAACAACUUUGGCAAAGUUGAUUUUUCACUGUCAGUUUGGGUGAAGACAUCCAAUGAUGGAAUUUUGAUGAUGAGGUCAGAUAGUUCUGGCUCUUGGGUUUACAGAGGAAAACAGUUCUACAUUAACUCUGGAAAGAUUAAAUUUGAUGCUCAUAGUGUUGGUAAUAUAGCGGGAACAAGUACAAUAACAGAUGACCAGUGGCAUUAUCUUGUAUUUACCCAGGACAUAGAGACAGAAACUUGGAAGAUAUAUGUGGAUGGAGUACUGGAGAAUGAGAAAACGGUGACAGUGCUUGAGGACACUGGCGACUCCCAUACCAUCUCUUUCCCCAAAACGUUUAUUGGGACAUUAGAAGGACUUUUCUACUACACCUACACUCUGACAGCAGAGGAGAUAUCAUCGAGAUACAAUGGCUAUCCAGAUGACACAUUUUGCCCGAAAGACUGGUAUCCAUUUCAAGGAAGUUGCUACUACUUCCAAAACAGCAAUGACAUUGGUUAUAAUGGCUUCCAAGCCAAGGAUUAUUGCUACAGUAUUGAUGCCAAAUUGGCUAGCAUUGACAACCAGUGGGAACAGGACUUCUUGUACUACAUAGCGAAAACAUAUUACCCUCUGUCCGGUUCAGAAUGGUGGAUUGGUUUGGAACAGGAAGAUAGUACUGUGAACAAAUACAACUUCCGGGCAGACGGCUCCAGAAUAAUGUGGGAUUUUUGGAGUCUGACCGAGCCUGAUAGUGCUGCUAGGCAUUGUGUUCGCUGUGAGGUGCACAAAAGCAUGCAGUGGAAUGAUCGCGAGUGUGAUAACGUGGAAGACUUGUGGAAUGUGAUUUGUGAAAGACCAGAGGAAUGCCAUUUUGUUCACGUAGAGGGCCAAUACAUAAACCUCAAUGCCUUUGAUAAAACAGUAACAUCUACAACUGUAGCUGAUUGCAAGCAUGCUUGUUUGCAUGAGAAAACCUUCACUUGCAGGUCUUUCAAUUUCCGUGUGUCUGACAGUGCCUGUGACUUAAUGACCCACAACAGAUACACUAUCACAUCUAACCAGUGGGUAGAAGAUGCCAACACAGACUAUUAUGAGAGACAGUGUACUACAGACCAAGAAAAUGCUUGUGAACCUGGUUGGUUUGAAUGGCGUGGGCAGUGCUAUAGAUUUUCAGAAGAAACACUGAACUUCGAGGAUGCUGUGACUAAGUGUCAGACGAAUGGUGGACAUUUGGCCAGUAUCAACUCAGCUGAAGAGAUGGAUUUUAUAAAAGAGAAAGCAAGCAUCUUCUAUGAAGGACAUUCUUUCUACAUUGGAAUGCAGUGGGGAGGUCAUGGCCAUUCCUGGAUAGAUGGAUCCAGUGUCUUCUACUCCAACUUUGCUCAUGGUGAGGGCCGUCUUGUGUCCAUCACAUGUGAGAACAAUAUGGCAGAACUGGACUGUGGUCAAGGACAGGUCAUCAGGGUCUCCUACGCAAACUUUGGACGCACUUCUCUCACACACUGCAAUAGUACCAUACAGCGGUCCGACUGUUUUGACCCCUACUCCUUGAACACAGUGGUGGACACCUGUAAUGGACUCCAGAGAUGUAGUAUCAAUGCCAGCGCCAACACCUUCAGUGUGACGGACACCUGCAGUGGAGCCACUCUUUAUCUUGAGAUACAUUAUAAUUGUGUUCCGACCAGCACCUUUAGCCCCUUCAUAACUUCUCCCACUGGUUGCAUGUGUUACUUUGACACGAACAGUUACGACUGCGCAUGCUGCACUGCGGGUAACUGCCAAUGCGGUUCCACUGCUCCUCACAAGUGUGGUCCAUGUGGGCAAGCGAACUGCGCCAGUCAGCUCCCUGAUCAUGGAAACAAGACUUGUGUGAUCAUGUCACCAAAUGAUGACUACAAUUGGCACGACCACUCGUGCCAGCGCACUGACCAGCACUACCUGUGUAAACAAGCACGUGAAGUGAUCGCCCCACUGCGGUGUGUGACUCAUACAGAGAGUGGAUCAAACACAGCAACAUGUCCUGCUGAUGCACCAAAUGCAAUAUCAUGUCGAUGCAGUUGUGCUAACUGGGUCAUCAAAAACUACGGGAGUGUGUGUGACUGCAGCCUGUGUGGCACUCAGACAGAGGCUGUCGCACAAUGUUGUGCAACCACACCACCUGGAGGGUAUGAUCCAGGUCCAGAUUACCAGGCUUUCUUUCAAUGUACCAAUUUAAGAGGGGACCCCUAUACAGGAGCAACAUGUCCAGCAGACGAGUACCCUACAGCUGUUGCAUGUGCGUGUGGAAAUUGUAACAACGGAUGGUGGAUUAGUGGAAACAACACGUGCACGUGCGACACCUUGGUCACCUCAGACUGGGUCGAGGCUCAAUGCUGUCGCAUUUUGCUGAAACCAAGAUCUGGAGGAUUCUUAGAAGACCAGUACAUCCGCUGGGAUGGGGCGUCCACCAAUGGUUACAAUCACUGGGACAUGGGGUCCACCACUACUGCCUCAGGGUGCAUGCAACAUUGUGAGGAUCAGGUUGGCUGUCGUUCAUUUGACUGGAACCCUUCCAAUGGCCAUUGUUAUCUAAGCAAAGACACACACCGCACCUUAGGAACACCUGGCAUCACAACACAAGGAACAACUCAUUUAUAUGAAAGAUACACUGCAACAAUGGAAGACCAUCCUAGUUUAGUGAAUAACUACUUCCGGCGUAUAGAAGGCUAUUCCCUAUCUGGACACAAUUUUGGAGAUUCUAAAGCUGUAUCACGUGAUACAUGCCUUCUUCUCUGCUUACGACACCCAGAGUGCAAGUCUGUGGACUAUGACUAUGUAGCUAGUAGUGGAUGCUGGCUGAAUACAGAGACCAGAUUGUCUCAACCUUCAAGUUUCAGUUCCUAUUACAACUAUGAUUACUAUGAAUUUAUUGACAAUGGCGAUCCUCAGAUAGAAUGCCACCAUGUGACAGAAACUGGGCAUUAUGCUCACUGUGGAAUGAUAGGCACAUGGAUGGACCAUUUUAACAUCAUCGAGUAUGCAGCAUUGUCUGGUUACAAUAAUGCAUAUCACUAUGGCACUACAAUAAACAAUUGUUUGAAACUUUGUCAUAAUGAUGGAAGUUGUAAAACUAUUGACCAAAGAGACAUUGAUACUGGGUACUCUGAUUAUGUUUGUGACCUGAGUUACGACACUAGGUUCACCAUCAGUGAUUCCAACAGUUUUAUGAAGGGAUCAUGGCCAUUUUACAACAACUUUGUGUUUGAUGGCUUUAGAGGCGAUUACCUCCGGGAUUCCUUUUCCCACAUUCUGGGUCAUUAUGUCAUGUGGUCUACCAUCACUUCUUCCACAAAGACCCUGGCUGAGUGCAUGGAUUUGUGCUACGCAGACACCCAGUGUAAAGCCAUAGACUACAGCCCAGGCAGCAGUAAUUGUGUAUUGAAAAACCAAAACAGAUUCAGUCAGCCAAUGAAAUACUUUGUUGCUGACUCUUCUUGGGACCAUUAUGAAUUUAUUGGGUCCAGAGCCAACGUUGCAAGCUGUGCCUGCAGCAAUGGAUGCAAUUCACUAACUUUUCAAAACCAAAUUGUCGGUGACUUUGGCAAUCGGUGUUAUUGUCAUGGUAACCAGCGUGCUACUGCCCAGUGUUGUAAGGCACGACACAGGCGCCGGCCACCCUGCCCUCCUGGAACGUAUUCUCCAACAGGUUACCAUGGCAAUGUCCGAUGUACCCAGUGUGCUGCGGGGACAUACUCUAGUGAUACAGGGAGUACCCAGUGUAAAAAAUGUCCACCUGGAUAUAUAUCAUCAGACAUAGGACAGACAUCAUGCACUAAGUGUCCUCAUGGUGGAGUAACAAAUGACCUGGGCGACAAAUGCCUGCCUUGUAAAACGGGUUACAUGAACAACGUGCUGACACAGAAGUACUGCAUGCGCCAGGACUGCACGACAGAUCCCGUUACAGAGUGCAAGGGUUCCGCAUGCAAAGAGGGACGUUCUUCCAUGGGGUUAGAAUUCAGGAUGCCAUUUCCUGAAGGGUCUGGGAAUGAUAUGAUACUGAAGCUUGUGUUUAGUGCCGUGGCAUUGACGAAUGUGACUGUCACAGCUCCAGGUUGCUGUGAUAUGUCAAUGACAGUACAGGCAUCAUCAAGUGCCAUGGCCAAUGUAAUGCUGGCAUCACUUGGCUUACAGGUGAUUGGAAGCAACAAGGCCAACAAUGCCAUCUCCAUUGUUGCUACUGAGAAAAUAUCUGUGCAUGCACAACUCUCAGACAAUAAUAACAGCACUGGAGAGGAUUGGUUUCAAGUGAUGCCCAUUUCUUCACUUGGGUAUGAAUAUUUCGCCGUCUGCUGGACUCCUGAAAGUAGUUCUGGAGACUUGACUCAACUAGAUGUGGUUGCGACUAGAAAUGGAACAUAUGUUGUCGUCACCCUUGGUGCCGGAGUCACUUAUGACGGACAAGAAUAUGCCAAGGGACAACAAAUCCAUCUGACCAUGGCUGACAAUGAGGUUCUACAACUACAGAGUGAGGGUGAUUUGACAGGGACACGAGUCGUUGCAGACAAACCCAUAGCUGUAUACAGUGGUAACAUUCAUUUGACAAGUAUUGGAUCUAGUAACUUUAAAAAUAUUACAGCAGAAAAUAAGACAGCAUGGACUUUGGUGGAACAGAUGAUACCAGUGGAAGCUUGGGGGACAGUUUUUGCUAUGCCUAAGAUGAACAAUGUCCAGGUUAAGGUCCUUGCAAGUCUUGACCACACAGAGUUAACCUUUGCCAAUGGAACAAUGACCAAAAUUAAGAAACGUGGUCAGUCAGUGGUCAUUCCUGCCUCAGUGGACAACAGUGGCUUUUACAUCACAGCAAGCAAACCUGUCCUUGUAGUUGCCUAUGUGGAAGCUGAGAAUGUGUCUUCUCUUGGAGUGAUUGUUCUGCCACCUGUACAGCAGGGAGGAAGCAAUUUCUUUUUCACAAGUGAAUCACCAACCAUGAUAACCCUAGCAGUUGAUGCCUGCCACUUGGACAAUGUUCUUGUGAACAACCUUCCCCCAGUAGGUGGUGCUGUAGUACAGCCAUACCCAUCAGUCCAAAUGACAGACAUAACUACCCUCAGUUUUAAAUUGCCUGCAGGAGUCCAUUCUUUGUCACUUUCAAAUGGUAAAGCCUUUGUGGUCAUUGGCCAGUCUCUUGAUAGUGCUGCCAUCUUCAGUCUGGGAGCUUACUCAAAUUUUAUUAAUAAGGUGUCAAGAAGGCGAUUCUACCAGCCAAAGGCAAUUGGAAAAGGUUUUGCACUGAGUGACCCAAGCAAAGUUCAUAAAUCGUUGACAGUGAGGCACAUGUUGGCCUGCUUAGACAGCUGUAUGCAGGACGCCAUAUGUCAUAGUGUGGUGUUUGCAGUGACUGGGACACAGAGUGGCACUUGUGAGCUAACAGCAUAUCACACAGCUGACCUCCUGGUGGACGACUACAUCAGCACAGGAGAACAUGAAAUAUACUCUAUUAAACUGUAGAGACACUGUCGGAUCUAAUAUAAGGGA